AUGGACCCGCUCAGCGUCACAGCCAGCAUCAUCGCGAUUCUCCAGCUCUCAGCUAAGGUCCUCAGCUACCUGAACGACGUUAAGGAUGCCUCGAAGGACCGCGUAGCGUGCGCAGUUGAGGCAUCAAAUCUCCACAACCUUCUCUUCAACCUGAGAUUUCGUCUGGAAGAGGGAGACCUUAGUCGACCGUGGUACGUCGCUGUCCGAGCGCUCGCAGUUGAGCAUGGGCCGUUGGAUCAGUUCAAGCAGGCCCUAGAAAUGCUGCAGGCUAAAAUGACUGAUGGGGGGCGACUGAAGAAAGCUGGUGAGGCGCUGAUGUGGAAGUUUAAGAAGGAGGAGAUUGCAGGGGUUUUGGCUCGGAUGGAGCGGCUGAAGACGCUGGUAGAGAUCGCGUUGCAGAUGGAUCACUUCAAACUUUCGCAAGCUAUCAAAGACGACACCAACUUCGUUCGUGCGCAUGUACCCAUCAUCCAGUCCGGGGUAGACAUAAUUCGACAGGGUCAAGACUCGGCAAAGCACCGCAGGCUUGUAGAAUGGUUAUCGACUUCAGACUACCCCGCUCAGCAAUCGGAUAUCAUAAAGCGCAGGCAGGAAGGGACAGGCCAGUGGUUUCUGGAUGCGCCUGAGCUAAGACAUUGGCUCGACGAGAGCAACGCUACGCUCUUUUGCCCAGGUAUCCCAGGAGCUGGCAAGACUAUGAUCGCAGCUAUUGCAAUUGAUCAUCUGCUGAAUACAGCACAGAACAGCUUACAUGGGGUUGCCUACGUGUACUGCAACUACAAAGCUCGAGAGGAGCAAGACGUUUCGAGCCUACUGGCAGCCAUCCUCAAGCAGCUAGUUCAGGGUCGAUUGUCGACGGUAGAUCACAUAGAACGGUUGUAUCGGAAACAUGCCGACCGGGGAACUAAGCCAUCACUUGACGAGGUAUACAGCGCGCUCCGAGACGUGCUUGCACAUUAUUCUUCUGCACAUAUAGUGAUCGAUGCACUAGACGAAUGCCAGGAUGCUACUCGCCGCCAGUUCCUGGCCAAACUCCGAGAUCUCCAAGCAACCCGGGACAUUCGCCUGCUGGCCACCUCGCGUUUCAUACCAAACAUUGAGGACGCCUUCAGAGAAGCGCUGAGACUCGAGGUGCAGGCUAGCAGAGAGGACGUCAAGCGUUUCGUGGCCGGCCAGACAUACCAACUACCUGCAUGCAUACAGCGCAGCAUAGUGCUGCAGGAAAUGGUGCAGGAAAAGAUAACAGAUGCGGUGGACGGCAUGUUUCUUCUUGCUCGUCUGCACACAGACUCGCUGCUAGACAAGAGGACAGCAAAAGACGUGAAAACGACCCUCGCCAAACUCACGAAAGGUGCAGCCGCACUUGAUUUCGCGUACAGAGAGGCUCUUCAGAGGAUCGACGGUCAGCUAGGGGGUGACCGCGAACUGGCUAGAAAGGUCCUGUCUUGGAUUACGCUCGCUGAACGGCCGCUUACCACCGCUGAGAUCUGCUGCGCCCUGGCAGUUGAGCCCGGCGAAGAUGAGAUAGACCCAGAGAACGUACUUACUCCAGGGGAUCUAGUGUCUGUAUGUGCUGGUCUUGUUGUUAUUGAUCAAGAGAGCGCCGUCAUCCGUCUCGUGCACUACACUACACAGGAAUACUUCGAGCGAAUUGGAGACGUAUGGAACCAAGGCGGACAGCUGAAUAUCACUACCACAUGCCUUACCUAUCUGGGUUUCGGCACUUUCCAAAGCGGUAGCUGCUCUACCGACGAGGAGUUUGAGGCAAGACUGCAGCAAAAUCAAUUCCUGGACUAUGCGGCUAAGCACUUGGGAAGCCAUGUCAGAACAGUCGAAACAGAGAUUACCGAUCGUACCUGUGAAUUGCUACAGGGGAAGUCUUUCCCAUGUGUCGCACAGGCUUUAUGGGUCCCUAACUACAAGUACGGAGGGUAUAGUACAGCUUAUCCUGUUCGUACAGCCUUGCACUACACAUCGCAGUUUGGACUCCCUGGCAUAACUGAGAAGGUGUUGGCUACUGUAAAUGUGCCUAUUGUAGAGGCGGUAAACGCUAAAGAUAGCUGGGGAUACGCUCCUUUGAAUUCUGCAGCAGAGAAUGGCCAACUUGAGAUGGUGCAAUUGCUGCUCGGUAAGGGCGCCGAGAUCAAUGCGCAAGGUGGAUACUACGGCAACGCACUGUACGUAGCUUCAGCUAGAGGCCAUGAGCUGGUAGUCAAGAUGUUACUCGACGCGGGCGCCGACGUCAACGCGCAGGGUGGAGUCUACGGCAACGCACUGCAGGCAGCGUCGUACGAAGGCCACGAGCAGGUGGUGAAGACGCUGCUCGACAAGGGCGCCGAUGUCAACGCGCAGGGUGGACACUACGGCAACGCACUGCAGGCAGCGUCGUACGAAGGCCAAGAGCAGGUGGUCAAGACGCUGCUCGACGCGGGCGCCGACGUCAACGUGGGCGCCAACGUCAACGCGCAGGGUGGACACUACGGCAACGCACUGUACCUAGCUUCAGCUAGAGGCCACGAGCAGGUGGUCAAGACGCUGCUCGACGCGGGCGCCGACGUCAACGCGCAGGGUGGAGAGUACUGCCACGCGGAGAAUGGAGAUUACGACAAUGCACUGCAGGCAGCUUCAGCUGGAGGCCACGAGCAGGUGGUCAAGACGUUGCUGGACAGGGGCGCCGACGUCAACGCGCAGAGUGGAGAGUACGGCAACGCACUGCAGGCAGCGUCGUACGGAGGCCAAGAGGACGUAGUCAAGAUGCUACUCGACGCGGGCGCCGAUGUCAACGCGCAGGGUGGAGACUUUUGCAACGCACUGCAGGCAGCUUUAGAUGAAGGUCACGAGCAGGUGGUGAAGACGCUGCUCGACGCGGGCGCCGAUGUUAACACGCAGGGUGGAUACUUUGGCAACGCACUGCAGGCAACCUCAGCUGAAGGCCACGAGCGGUUAGUCAAGAUCUUGCUCGACAAGGGUGCUGAGGUCAACGCGCAGGGUGGACACUACGGGAACGCACUGCAGGCAGCUUCAGCGAAAGGCCACGAGCGGUUAGUCAAGAUGCUGCUCGAUAAGGGCGCCGACAUCAACGCGCAGGGUGGAGAGUACGGCAACGCACUGCAGGCAGCGUCGUACGGAGGCCACGAGCGGGUAGUCAAGAUGCUGCUCGAUAAGGGUGCUGAGGUCAACGCGCAGGGUGGACACUACGGGAACGCACUGCAGGCAACUUCAGGGAAAGGCCACGAGCAGGUGGUGAAGAUGCUACUUGACAAGGGCGCCGACGUCAACGCGCAGGGUGGAGAGUACGGCAACGCACUGCAGGCAGCGUCGUACGGAGGCCAUGAGCGGGUAGUCAAGAUGCUGCUCGAUAAGGGUGCUGAGGUCAACGCGCAGGGUGGACACUACGGGAACGCACUGCAGGCAACUUCAGGGAAAGGCCACGAGCAGGUGGUGAAGAUGCUGCUUGACAAGGGCGCCGACGUCAACGCGCAGGGUGGACACUACGGGAACGCACUGCAGGCAGCUUCAGCGAAAGGCCACGAGCAGGUGGUGAAGAUGCUACUUGACAAGGGCGCCGACGUCAACGCGCAGGGUGGACACUUUGGCAACGCACUGCAGGCAGCUUCAGCGAAAGGCCACGAGCGGUUAGUCAAGAUGCUGCUCGAUAAGGGCUCCGACAUCAACGCGCAGGGUGGAGAGUACGGCAACGCACUGCAGGCAGCGUCGUACGGAGGCCACGAGCGGGUAGUCAAGAUGCUGCUCGAUAAGGGUGCUGAGGUCAACGCGCAGGGUGGACACUACGGGAACGCACUGCAGGCAACUUCAGGGAAAGGCCACGAGCAGGUGAUAGUCAAGAUGCUGCUCGACAAAGGCGCCGAUGUCAACGCGCAGGGUAGAGUCUACGGCAACGCACUGCAGGCAGCGUCGUACGAAGGCCAAGAGCAGGUGGUCAAGACGCUGCUCGACGCGGGCGCCGACGUCAACGUGGGCGCCAACGUCAACGCGCAGGGUGGACACUACGGCAACGCACUGUACCUAGCUUCAGCUAGAGGCCACGAGCAGGUAGUCAAGAUGCUGCUUAAUGCAGGUGCUCAUCUACCCCAGGAAGCUGAUCCUGUGUUAAGACCGGACUAG